AAGCCGUGAGAAUUCCCCGGAAAGAUGCCACUGGUGAAGAGGAACAUUGAACCUCGUCACCUGUGCCGUGGUGCUCUUCCUGAUGGGGUGACUAGCGAGCUGGAAUGUGUAACCAACAGCACCUUGGCUGCCAUCAUCAAGCAGCUGGGUAGCCUCAGCAGACAUGCUGAAGAUAUAUUUGGGGAACUGUUCAACGAAGCCAAUAGUUUCUAUAUGCGGAUGAACUCCCUGCAGGAGAGGGUGGAUCUUUUGGUGAUCAAGGUCACUCAGUUGGACUCGACUGUGGAGGAAGUUUCACUGCAGGACAUCAACAUGCGGAAAGCGUUCAAGAGCUCAACAGUGCAGAACCAGCAGGUGGUCUCUCGGAACUCCAUCCCUAACCCCGUGAUGGAGAUGUACCAACGCUGUGACAAGCCGCCUCCCCUCAACAUCCUGACGGCAUACAGAGACGACAAGAAAGAUGGCCUCAAAUUCUAUACUGACCCUUCAUAUUUCUUCAACUUGUGGAAGGAGAAGAUGCUGCAGGCAACGGAGGACAAGAGAAAGGAGAAACGCAGGCAGAAGGAACAGCGGUUAGUGGAAGAUUCCACCCGGGAGGUGAAGAAAGUGAGAAAAGCUCGCAACCGGCGUCUGGAGUGGAACAUGAUGGCAUAUGAUAAAGAAUUCCGGCCCGAUAACAGGUUCUCACCAUCCCCAUAUCACAUGGCCUCAUCGGAAGGAUCACUGUCCCCAGAUAAUAGAUCUUAUGCGUCAGAUGCAGCUGAUCACUCGUACCCGGCCAGUCCUAACCACCCUGCACAGCAGAUAUUGGCUCCAGCCUCACACCUCUCAACAGACAACAAAGAGAUCAUCCUGGUUGCUAACCAGGCCCCGGAACACAUCUACAGACCCUCCGCAGCAGGAAGCCGUCAAAACAGUCUCAACCGAGUCCAGCAGCCCCACGUGCCACAGCAUCCAGAGGCUAUACUGAAUGGACCACGACCUCAGAUUGUCAAGGAGUAUGGUCCCCAGCAGAUGCCCUUGGCAGAAUACUUUGUGCCUCCUGCUCCCCCGCCCCCGCCUCCUGUGAUACCCUCUGCUCAGACUGCCUUCGACAGCCCCAUCACAGCACCUCCCGCGAUGGCACCCAGCGCUGCAGCCUCUGGGCCUCACUCCUCUUACGCUCCCUCCCCACCUCCAGCUCCACCCUGCCCAUAUUCCACUUCCCCCCCUCAGACUGGUCCGCUGGGGCCCCCUGUUGCCCCACCCCCACCCCCACCUGGUCCUCCAACAGUUGCCGCCUCGCCGGCUCACUCGGCGUCACCCCCUGCUGUGGCAGUUGAACCUCGGAAACCUCAGAUUCCUCUGAUACCAAUGAGCGAUGCCAGGAGCGACCUGCUUGCUGCAAUUCGGAGGGGAAUUCAACUCCGGAAAGUCCAGGAGCAGUGGGAGCAGGAGGCAAAGAAAGAACCGGUUGGCAAUGAUGUCGCCACUAUCCUGUCCCGCAGGAUUGCAGUGGAGUACAGCGAAUCCGACGAUGACUCAGAACUGGACGACAAUGAGUGGUCAGAUUAAGCGAGCUCAGAAUGCUGUGUUGGAGUGAACUCUCCCCUCCCUGCUUGUCCACAAGAAGGUGUGUAUGGCUGGGCUUCCCUGAAAGCGAACGCUGACCGCUGUCAGCAGUUAGUGUGACGUGUUCAGGAGCUUUGCUUUUACACAACGUUUCAUUGUUGAAAAUAGGAUGCUAGUGUUGUCAGUGGAGAGUGUGCAUUGGUGGGACGGAUUUUAAAAGCAGCAAUAAGAGUCCAGAGUCUCUCCAGGUGUGGCUAUGACACUUUAAUAAUGCUAAGAAUACAGUGGGACCAGGAUCAAUGAAGUCACUCUGGGUUUACACCAGGGUGACUGCAAUCACAAGCUGGCCCCAUCUAUGUGUUUUUAGAGAAACAAAACUGCAGACAGUGCUGCUUCCUUGGCCAGAUGUUAAUUUCAUAAUGAAAAGCUCCUGAAAAAGCAUCCUGUUCCCACAGCAAAUACAACCUCAUGGGCAGAAGUGUCUAGAGACCACAAUUCACUUGCUUGUAUUUUCUGCAGCUACCUAAAAUUGUGGGGAUUUGGACAAUAUGAACCAGGGAAAAGCUCCCUUCACUGCCCUGAAAGUUACAUGCGGAAGAUGUCUGUUUUCCCGUUAAAGUAAUAUUUUUAGUUUUACAUUGUGACAGUCGUAAAGGAGAGUUAACUGCUGCCUCCCAGUUCUGCUUUUAAAAGCACUUCAUAAAGAUGCACACAUGUUUGUGGCAAGGUUAUAUUUACAUCUCUGCACUCAGAUUCUCUGGAGAAGAGCAUGAAAGGAAAGUUUAGUAUAAACCCGCUCUUCUUUUGCCAGCAACAAAGAAACAAAGCACUUGUUACUGCUUAGAAAGGUGUAAAGUCAGUUUAAAGAGAAAAGAACCUAGCAAUAGAUUUAAGUUGCCUAAGAAAGAUUCUGAAGGCCUAGAAAUAAUUGGCUGACAGUGCUGUUCUAUUGUUGUAUCACCUUAUUUUAAAUAAAAUUAACCAGGCUAAAUAGGACUCUUAGCUGCCCCCAAAGAACCCCAUUCAAUUUAGCAGGGAGCAAUAUUUGUAUCAUUGGGUUGAAUUUUGCUUUUUCAGUUUUUUAUACCUGAGAUUUUCAUGUACAAUUGAGGAGAAUUUAGUUCCAUUGCCAGAAUAGUUAUUGAUGGAACAAUUCUUCCACUGUUACUCAGUCUGGGCAGUAAAUACACCAGGAGCAGUCGUACUGUGUAGGGGUGGAGUACAGCAAACUUGACAAUGGCUGAACUGGUGAUUAUGAGUAAGACGGGUAGGAUCAGGCCCUGCGGUAAGAUGCUGAAAACGCCAGUGAUUGCUAUUUGGUUUAUUAAUACAAAUGGAAAGUGAUUCAUACAAUCAUUUUCAUGUAGACACUCAGGCUGUGUCGAAAGAGGGAUGUAAA